AUGAAUUAUAAGAAAACGGAAGACAAUGCAAGGUUUGAAUAAACAAGACUCGAUUAAAUGAUUCAUAAAGAAAUUGUUAUGUCAGAAAAUCAGCAAGCAAAACUAAAAUUUGAUGAUGGCAGCUAGCAACAAAGAGCUACAUAAAAAUAAGGUGUUUUACUCUAAAAUUAAUAAAGGAGCUCUUAUGACUUCAAAAACGCUGAUUCUGAUAUCAAAAUAGCUAAUGGAUAAUUUAAUUAGAUUUAAAAUAUUGAUGGUCUGUUAAAAAAUUAAAGCGAAGCUAAUGAAAAAAAACAUAAAUAAUAGAAUCAGCAAAAUAGCUAGAUGGUAAAGAGGCCUUCUUCCACUAUUUUAAUGCAGGAGUAAUAAUACUAGAAAGUACAAAAUCCAAUCGUAGCAGACAUUAUUUCUGAUAAAUAUGAUGCACAAACUUGCUUUUUUUAACUAGCUUUUAUUAUCAUAUUUUUUAUAGAGUAGAUAGCAAUGUAGGAGUAUAAUAAAAUAUAUGAGUACAUAAUAAUUGCUAUAUUUAUUUUAUUAAGUCUGGGUAAUUACCUUUUAAUUAAGUAUCAAGAGUUUACAUAUUUGCAUUUUGUUUAAAUUGCUAACUCUAUUAUGGUUACUAUUAUAGUAGGUGUAUGGGUUUACAACAAUUAGUAUAAUCAGAAAUACGAUGUUGAAAGAUAUGCUCAAAGCAUGAUAAGCUAUUAAAAUACAGAUCAAAGCAAUCCUAAUAGUAAUGGAGUUAGCAACAAUAAUGAUUAAACGCAGAGAAACUGCUAGGUUAAUUAAAGCGCAAAAGAUGAUUUCUACUUAUUACUCCUUUAAUCUCAAUCUAAAUUUUUUUUUUAAGGAGCUAUUCUAUAUCGCUUACAAGAUUGCUUAAAUAAGCACUUAAUUCCAAAAUAUAGAUAAUUAAUUAGUAUUAUAAGUGCUAUAGCAAUUGGGAUUUUACUUUACGCAUAAUAAAUAUCUGUAGAUCAUAAUUUAGAUAUUGAUUUAGCAAUCAAGUGUCUUUUUUUAAUUUUGAUAAUCAUUUUAUAUGAAAAAUUUCAAAUGAGAACGCUGAGCUCAUAUUUAAUCUCUUUUUAGGCCUUGAAAAAAUACUUUACUCUCUCUUUGUGCAACCGGAGUUGUCAUGGACAAAGUAAUAACAUAUAAAUUGAAAUUAACCCCAAAGAUUUAACCUCGUGCAAAGUCAUAUACGGUAAUCAAUAGCUUUCUUAGGAAUUAUUGAGCGAUUCUCUUUAGUUUUUUCGUGAUUUUGAGCUUGAUCUAUUCAGUAUAACAAACUAUAAUAAAAUAGAGUAAUUUGACCAAGGCGAAGAAAAAGCCCUUUCACAAGAGGCAGAUAUAAAUAACUUUGAUUUCGGAGCAUCUACUGAAAAACUAAAAAUUAAAAAUAACUUUAAUAAAACUAAGCAAAAAAUUUUGUAAGCAAAGUUUAACUCAGCAUCCAAGCAAUUUAUUGAAUAAAAAAUACUCAAAUUUAGUUCUAGCGAAUUGAAUAAAAAAAGGAGCUCAAAGCAUUCUAACCCAACAAUUGUAAGUCUUAAAAGGAUUUGUUAAGAAAAUAAAAAUAAUGGAAAGGAAGGAGAGCAGCCGAUGACAAUAGCAGCUAUGCACACUAAUGUAAACUUCAACAAGACUGAUAAUUUUAUUUAAACAUUUAGAAACACAAAUAAUCGAAAUAAUAUUUUUUAAGAUUACAAUGAGAAAUAAAACAAUGAUGCAAUGGCAAAUUAAAAUGAGAAAGAUUAGCUUAAUAUAACUCCUUCAUUAAUUAAAGCUCAAAAGACCUCUUUAAAAUCAGAUGAGAUAAACACUCAAUCACCUGCUCCAAAGCAAAGCAGCGAAAAAACAGAAAAGCAAGCUCAAAUUUCCUAUGAUAAGAAAGAUACAAAUAAUUAAGAUACGUUCAGCUUAAAAACAAAUGAACAAUCUAGAGUCCUACCUUCUUCAUUAGCUAAUCGCUACCACACUUUAGAGGAUAUAAUUAAGGAUCCAACUUUAAGGUCUAUUCAAAUUUAAGGAAAAUUCAAAAAAAGUGAUGGACAAAAAAUUCAACAUUUAUCAAUAAGCUUAAUUAAAUAUCACAAUAUCUUUUAGAAUGAAAUAAUAAUUGCAAGCAUAACGGAUAUGACUUCUAUCCAAGAGAUAAACAAUUUGUAAAAAGAAGUGCAAUUUAAAGAAAUUAUGUUUGCUAACGUAACUCAUGAUUUAAGGACUCCUUUGUAUGCGAUUAAAUACUCUAUCGAUAAGCUCAAAGAAAUUUUCCAAAUACACUAGUGUAAUACUAUCCUUGAGCAAAAAGAAUAGAUUAAAUAAAAGGUAAAAGAACUGCAAUAGAGUGAAGUUAAUGAUUUGCAUGAGUAAAUUAAUAUUUCAGUUGCUAACACUCAUCUUAUGGAAGCAAUUAUUUAGGACAUCAUUGACAAUAACAGAAACAGAAUGGGAAAAUUAGAAACAGAUAUAAGAUAGUUUAAUUUAUUAGAACUGCUACAAGAAAUGGAAAAGUUAAUGGAAAUUAUUUUAUGGGAAAAAAGGAAGAAAAUAAAAUUAAAAUUUGAAAUAUGUAAAUAAAUAAAACAAAAUAGCUUGAUUUAUUCUGAUUCUUAGCGUUUGAAGCAAGUUUUAAUGAAUUUAAUAAGUAACUCAAUUAAAUUCACUAAAAAGGGAGGAAUCUUGAUAAAAGUUUCAAAAGUUUACCUGAAAAACACUAAAAAUGUCGACAAAUAUUUGAAUUCCCCCUACAAAACAAAUUUAAAACAGAAAAUAACUGAGAUUGUUGAAUAAAACGAUCCUCCUUAAAACUGUAUUAAUACAAGUCUAGCUGAAAAAAUGAAGGUUUUGGAUGAAAAUAAGCUUUAUACUUGCUAUCAAGAAAAUGUAUUUUCUUUGGGACUAAUUUAAUUCUAAAUUAUAGAUUCUGGAAUAGGAAUGAAUGAUAAAAUCUUAAAAAGCUUAUUUACACCUUACAACACGCACAACAAUGAAAACAUGAAUAGACAUGGUAUUGGUCUAGGAUUAACUAUUUGUAAGACAAUUGUAGAAAAGCUAGGACCUUUUUAACUAAAAGUAGCAUCGAAAGAAAAAAGAGGUUCUAAAUUUACUUUCUAUAUUUACCAUGAUCUACAUUAGAGUAUGAUUCCAUCUAAAUUAGAAUAAAUAAUUCAAUCAGAAUAAAAGAGAUAGAAUGAAAAUAAUAUCCAAAACAACAAUAAUAAUAAUAAUGGAUGGAAUUAUAAUCACAAACCUUUAAAUAAUUAAAAUGAAGAUGAUAUUCAUCCAAUAGUAUCUCCUCAUAGUUUUAUUAAUCUUAUUCCAAAUAGUAGCGAGUAAAAUCUAAAAAGUGAAAUCUAUUUGGAAUACGAGUCGAAAGACAAGGCAAGUAAGCAAGAUUCACAAAUCAAAAGAAAAGAGUAUGAAUACUAUAAGUCUGGUAAUAACUAAUCUAUUCUACCUGAGAGUGAUAAGUAGUCAAGCACAUAUCAAUAGGAUAGUAGGAGAAAGAUAAAUUCUUUGUUUCAAAGAGGAAUUACAAAUGGUAGCAUUUUUUAGUCAUAUCAACAAAACAAUUAUAAGGCAAAUAAUAAUAAUGAGAAACCUAACGAAAUUCAAGAAAAAGAUGAAAUAAAAAGUCAAAGCUAAAAAGAACUAAUAGACUAAUCGAUAGAGAAUAAUCUUGAAAAUAGAGCAAAAGAUGACAAGAAUAAAAUUUCACAAAUGGAUUUUACCUAUAGUAAUAAUAUAAAUAACUUUGAUUCAGGAUAAAUAAUGGCUAAAAGUCCUAAGUUUGUUAGCUUCAAUAACAGUCAGAGCUAACAUAUCCAUAACAUAAGCAACUAUACAAAUGCUAUUAUAUAGAAUAAAAUCUCAGACAGCAUACAUUAGAUUAAAGAAACUGAACCAAAUCAGAAAUCUAACCUUUUGCAAAAAUUUAGCUUUGGGGGAAAUAGUAGUACUGUAAAAAAAUAUCAAAUUCAAAGCAUGGAGAAUACUGCAAGUAAGAACAAUACUUCGGGCGCAGUUGUAUAAGAAAAGGAUCCCUUUGAUAUACAAAAAGCAGAGACUGAAUGGAAAGUUAACUUAGCUCACUCUAGUGAAGAUAUUUAAGACAAAGAAGAAAAGCAGGUUUCAACUUAAAAUUUCAAGAAAGAAUAAAAUUUAUUAGAAAAGAAGAAUAAAAACAAUGACAACUAAACUUAACAAAUUUAUAAUAGUAGCAGCUUAAAUUCUACAAUAGCAAGUAUUGUUAUAGGAGAAAAUACAGCUAAUGAAAAGUAAGAAAAUGAAAAUAUGAAUAAUUUAAAACCAAGAAACACCCCUUUCUUAAAUUAAAAUAAUGAAUUCACAGCAAGCCGACAUGUAAUCCAGAACAACCCAUUAUAAAAGCAAAUAUCCUUUUAGCAGCCCAUUUUAUAGAAAGUGCAGCAGCCUUUAUAAAUAUAAACAGAAGAGAGUAUCAUGUAGAGAACAAACUCGAAUAUAAAUUCUCCUGAAAAAAAAAUUUCAUAAAUCAGUUUUAAAAAAUAGCAAUAAGAAAGUAAAAAUAAAUCUCUAGAUAUCAAAUAGCUUAAAUAAUAAGAUUUUGGUGAUUAAAAUUACUUGUUCUAAAAACCUAUCCUUUUUAAAAAUUAAGACAUUUAAGAAAACGGAUAUGGCCAUGAUUCUUCAAUAUUUUUCAAUGUUUUAGGAGGAGGUUUUCCUAGUUGUAUUGUUUAAACACAAAGUAGAGUUACGAAUCAAAGAUCAAGCAAAAUAAUAAAAAACCAGAGUUAUAAUAUAUUAGAUCAGAUUAAAUGUGAACAAUAUGUUGAUGAAUAGUAGUUAGAUGACGAUCAAUUUUUUAACACAAGUAUUUUAUAAUCUCUUGAAGACACAUAAGAGCGUGCUAAUUUAGAAGAAAGUAGUUCUCAUGCAUUGGUAAAGAGUAACAACUAGUUUUAGAUUAUGAGAAAUAAAAAAUAAACCCUUUAACAGCAAGAUGUUGUAUCAAACAUAAACUAAAAAAGCGAAAGAGAAUCGCAAGUGAUCUCAAUUGAUAAAAAAGGACUCUAUAUAAGCAAAAUAGACAGAUAUAAUCAUGUAACAAAUCAUAAAAUGACAGAAUCAGUUCAACUAAAUUACAUUAAAAAAAUUAAAUUUGGUGUGGCGGAAUCAGACGAGCAAUAAGAAAAAUAGUAUUUGAACAUUUUGAUUUGCGAUGAUAGUGUUUUUAAUAUAAAAGUACUGCAAAAGCUACUUUUGAACUUUAAAAAAUAUAAAAUGAGCAUAGACACUUGCCUAAGCGGUGAAGAAGCAAUAGAAAAAUUCUUGUAAAAAAAUAAGCCAAACAGCUAAGAACCAUACAACUACAUAUUUUUAGAUUGGAAUAUGCCUAUAAUGGAUGGCUAUGAAACAAGUUCAAAAAUAAAAUUUUAUGUUAAAGAUGAGCAGUUUUUGGAUUGCCCAAUCAUUAUAUGCACUGCUUAUGAAGACACCACAGAAAUCAACAAAUGUCUUAGAAAUGGAACUGAUGGAAUAUUAACCAAGCCUAUUUCUUAAGAUUAAAUUAAUGAACUUCUUCAAGACUUUUAACUAAGUAAAGAAACCAUUUAAAGAAACCAAAGUAACUGA